CACUAGUACUCUACCAUCACACAUGACCAGGCUGGGCCUGCUCCGGCUGACCUGCUCUGAUACCUCUGCUGGAACCUGUCCUCUCUCUCUGCAGACGACCACUGGUGACAUGGUGGGUAGAAGGAUGGAUGCCUUGAUCGUUUCUUUGGUCUGGUUUUGGCUCAAGGGCAUGUCAGGUUGAAGGCAGUCUCUUCAGGGUUUGUGUGUCUGGUAUCAGUAUGAGUGAAGUAAGCCUGUGAAUUCACUGCCGUUCAGACCGUUCUACAUCUGCAUGGCAAUGGCCGUUUAGCAAGACCCGACUGAGGAUACAACUCCUUGAGCAAACAUAAGUGUAUCGUACGGUGACAGCAGCCAUGUUUUGGAAGUUUGAUUUGCAUACAUCCUCUCAUCUGGAGGCUUUACUGGACAAGGAGGAUGUCACACUUGGUGAGCUCCUAGAUGAGGAAGAUGUGCUGCAGGAGUGCAAGUCCCAAAACAGGAGACUUAUCCAGUUCUUGUGCCAGGACCAGUGCAUGCAGGAGCUGGUUCGUAUGACUACAACAGAGCCCCCUGCUGGUGCAGAGGAGACCAAGCGCUUCAAGUAUCCAAAUAUAGCGUGUGAGCUGCUGACAUGUGAUGUGGGAGUGAUCAAUGAUAAGCUGGGUAAUGAGGAACCUCUGCUGGAAACUCUGUAUGCCUUCCUGGAGCAGCCAUCCCCACUUAACCCCCUCCUGGCAUCUUUCUUCAGCAAAACAAUUGGGAACCUCAUCACACGGAAGACUGAGCAGGUGAUUAGUUUCCUGCGAAAGAAGGAUGGAUUCCUUUCUCUGGUGCUGAAGCAUAUAGAUACAUCAGCCAUGAUGGAUGUGCUCUUACGUCUCAUCAGCUGUGUGGAGCCACCCUCCCUUCGAUUCGAGACUCUUACCUGGUUGAAUGAACAGAAGUUGGCCCAGAGACUAAUAGAGCUCAUCCACCCUGAGAGAGAUGAAGAGAGGCAGUCAAAUGCAUCUCAGACUUUAUGUGACAUCAUUCGACUUAGCAGAGACCAGGCCAUUCAGCUUCAAGAGAUUUCCCAGCCUGACCCUUUGCUGACUGUGUUGGAAUCGCAAGAAUGUGUUGAGCAGUUGUUGCAGAACAUGUUCUCAGGAGAGAGGGCUGAAAGCUGUAUUGUCAGUGGGAUUCAAGUUUUUCUAACCUUGCUGGAAAUACGGAGGCCUGUGGUGGACGGGGUAAUGGAUGCUCAGGGAUUCGAGAGGAGUUACACUGUUAACAGUAGUAUUUUGUUGGCCAUUCAGCCACAUCUAAUACACUUCCACCAGCUGCUUCUGGAGCCACCUAAGCGAGAUCCUAUGCUGACUUCUCUGGGUGUGCUGGAAGAACCAUUGGGGAACACGCGCUUGCACGUAGCCAGACUAGUGGCCUCUCUGCUCUAUACCAGCUCUGCUAGCCAUACAGUAGUAGCACAAGAACUCUGCAGACUUAAUACUAUGGACCUCCUUCUGGACUUGUUCUUCAAGUACACAUGGAACAACUUUCUGCAUCUCCAAGUGGAGCUUUGUGUCGCUGCCAUCAUCCGACCUUGUGUCCAUGAAAUGAGACUUCAGCCUGGCUUGGGUUCCCAUGAAAAACUAAAGUCUAAUCAAGAUGCAUCCGAAGAGCAGAAUUUAACGGAGGCCCCAUCUUGUGAGCCUUCAGACACCUCUGAAAACUCUGCACAUAAUUUAAUGGUGACUCAUUUGUUCCAACACUGCCACCUCAUCCAGAGAAUUCUGGAGGCUUGGGAAGAGAAUGACAAAAUACAGUCAGAAGGGGGUAUGAGAAGAGGGUACAUGGGACACCUGACCAGGAUUGCCAACACAGUAGUUCAUAACCUGGAGAAAGGCCCUGUUCACACCCAGAUCAGUACCCUCAUCAAAGAGCUGCCAGAAGACUACAAUGGGCGCUGGGAAACCUUUGUGGAGCAUACGCUCUCAGAAACCAACAGAAAGAACACCAUAGAUCUGAUUGGAGGUGGAAAUCCUCGACCUUGCUCAGAAGAUGAUAUGGAAAGCCCCUUCCCCAAAGAACUAACAGUACAGCAGGCCUUUUCAGACUAUCAAAUCCAGCAAAUGACUGCAAACUUUGUGGAUCAGUUUGGCUUCAAUGAUGAAGAGUUCACCGACCAUGACGACAGUAUUGGUGCAACGUUUGACCGGAUUGCAGAGCUCAAUAUAAACAUUGAUGCUGGUCAGGAAAGUUCUAACACAGCUGUGUUUGAGGCGUGCUCCAAGGAGAGGAUUCAACCCUUUGAUGAUGAUGAAGAGGACAUCUGGGAGGAGAAAGAGAUCAACUAUGCAACACAAACAAAGUCAAGGAACAGGUUUGGUGGGUCACAGUCCUCGCAAAGCCAAGCAGCCAGUUCAAUUUUUCAAAAAGAAUCUGACCUCUCUGGCAGAGAACCAGACUCUGAUUCAGAGGAAGAAGACCCAAAAGAUGAGCUGGAUCCUUUCUCAAGUCAAGGCCAGGCACAAACGACUGACACCGUUGGCUGGGUAGCAGAUUUUGGAGAGGUGAAUUCAACUACUCCUGCAGCAGGAGUGGCCUUCUCCACCUGGGACGCUCCCGUUACUCAACCAGCUGCAACAGAGGGGGAGGAAAAGGGCUGGGCCAAGUUCACGGACUUCCAGCCUUUCUGUUGCUCUGAAACAGGUCCCAGAUGCAGCUCCCCUGUGGACUCUGAGCACAGCGGGUCAGACGUUAAGCCAAACACGAAUCCCUGUGUGUGGAGUGCAUGUGUGGCGAGAAAGGCUCCACUGGUGGCGUCGGACACCUCCUCCUCCAGCAGCUCAGGCAGUGAUGAAGAAGAGAGUAAGACGGAGUCCUCAUCUAGUGAGACGGUUACCACGGAGACGAUCACCACAGGUGCUGGCAAGGAGACCAUCCGGCUUACUGUGGAUGCCAAAAAUGAGAGGGCAGUCUUUACCAGAGUAUUCAGACCUGCAUUCAGACGCGAUGUGGAUAAGGUGCCAGUGGAGGGAUUGUCACUGAGAGACACAGGAAAAGACAGUGAAAAGGGGGAUGAUAAAGACAAACAGGGAAACUCCUCCAGCGCAAUUACCGCCAGUCCAACCACCCAGUCAGCAGCUGUCACAAAAGAGAUGCAGUCCUCUGCCAAUGGACCGGCCUAAUGAUGCAGCCACAGGCACACUUUUCAUACCUUUUCAUUCAACACAGCCGUGUCACCUUUGCUUCCUAUUAGCCGCCCUCCAAUGUCCUUUUGUUGUGUCUGAAGACAUGUAAGUGAAUAGAAAAUCCUCAGCUGUGAGGUCCAGCGGCAUUUAUGUUGGAAACCACAAAUCUACACGUGGCUACUAUUGAUGUCUCUACUGCACCUUCAUGAGAUAAUUAGAUCUGAAGUGCUUCAAGAAGAAUUGUAGGUUUUCUAAAACAUUUCAUUGUGUCUGACAGCCAAAGUUAAAUUGUUUUGUGUACGAACUUUUCACGACUGUACUUCAGAAAAUACUAAAGUCUAAAAUGUAACCGUAUAUUUAAUUCUACAUCAGGAUUUCUUAUUCUUAUCUGCCCUCUCUCCAAAGCAGCACGGCCUGGUUGGUCCUUUUGUUUCAUUUUUUUUACUUCUAGCACAGAAUUUGACGGUUUUACACUUAAGCAGAGGAAAUUAUUGUAAUAAUCAGCCAUCAUGCUUUCAAAGCUGACUAGUCACCAUUUUGUUUACAGAUGUUUUCUUCGCAGCCAUUUUAGUAGUCCAAAUGUGUGAAUGAUGAAAAUUGAGCUUUCUUCCUACAUCUUUUCUAAAUCUGUUUUGUUUGGUUUUGUUUGCAACUGCGAUCAUUGGGGGAUUGAAAUGCUCUUUUUCUUCAUUUAGACCAUCAGAUUUUGGGAGAUUAAUGUGUUUAGAGAUGUAUGUUUGUGUCGUUGAUUCAGUGUGUGUGUGUGUGUGUGUGUGUGUGUGUGUGUGUGUGUGUUUUAGCUCUGUCUGAGGUGUACAGAGUGUAUUCUCAGGUUAAGGGCAUGCAGAAAAGAAGAAAGCACACCUGUGUAACACACACACACACACACACACACAAACGUGCACAAAACACAGUUCAGUACACGUGUAUAAACAGCCAUAUCCACAAAUGAAUGCAAAAAAUGAAAAAUAAAACUGAAAAAUGAUGGCGAUGUGCAAAUACCAGUUCAUACCACCCUCAGAGCUGUUUAAAUGUGAUAUUGUGAAAUUUGAACCUGUACUAGGUUGUGGUUACUCUUGGUAAUAUGUAAACAAAAUUUAAAUGUAAACACUAUAUUAAAAACAUUAUAUCUAUUUUUGGAAUAAA